CGAUCGUGGUGGCGAGGAAACGCUUUCUAGCUGCCAUGGGCGGGUGUCUCUCGACGGCCGCGCCGCCAGCGCCGAUCGAGGUCGAUGGCAUCGCACUCGCCGAGGCCUCGCCGACCAAGCCCGAGCCGCCACGGUAUGCGGCGACGGCGACGCCACCGCCAUCGCCUCCGCGGUCGCCGGUCGCCGACUGGGGCACGUACGCGCAGCUCGAGCCCUUCAAGCACACGUUCUGGAUCGACCCGGACGAGAUCAUCCGCGUGCGCACGCUUCCAAGUGAGUACAUGAAGACCGAGAUUGGCAGCUACAUCGGCGAGCCCGUCUUGCUCAAGUCGUUUGACGGCAACGGCGACGACAUUGCGGCGCGCCGGAAGCUCCUCGUGUCCGAGAUCCUCUCGAUGGCCAACAUCCGCCACCCGAACAUCGUGGCUUUCCUCGGCUUCAACAUCACGCCCGAGUAUGGUCUCACGUGCGUCUCCGAAUUCGUCGACGGCAAGACGCUGCGGUACCUCCUCGACCUCCCACGCACCUCGUCCAAGCUCACGUGGGCCAACGAGAAGAUCUCGAUCGCGAUCGAUAUUGCGUCGGCGCUCGCCUUCAUGCACUCGCUCAAGCCCAUCGUGAUCCACCGCAACGUCAAGGCCUCCAAGAUCCUCCUCACCGGCGACCGAACGACGGCCAAGCUCAGCGGCUUUGGCGUCGCCCGCGCGCGCACGUACGAGGCCGAGAUGACGUCGCGCGUCGGCGACGUGCCAUGGUCCGCCCCCGAGCUCGUCCUCGACGGCGGCGACUACACGGAGCAAGUCGACGUCUACUCGUUCGGCGUCGUCCUCACCGAGCUCGACACGUGCGCGGUGCCCUUCGCCGCCGAGAUGGCCGAACUCGGUAUCGCCGAGGUCACCAUGCAGCUCGUAACCGGGUCGCUUCGCCCCAAAGUCUCGGCCGACUGCCCCAAGUGCAUCGUCAAGAUCAUCAAGCAGUGUCUCCAGCUUGACGCGACCCUCCGGCCGCGCAGCGACAAGGUCGUUGAGAUGCUCCUCGCCGCUAAAGACGAGCUCGUCGCACGACCGCCACCCAGCGCGCCCCGGAGCGCAGACCCCACUGCGACGGUCGCGCUCUCGCCGUGAAGCAACUAACGAUAUAACGAUCCACGCAGACAGAGAGUACUAUAUAACAUGCAACCCUUGUCCUAACCGUACUCUAACCGG